ACGAUCAGCCGCAUCAUCUAUCUUCUGGCCGUUCAAAGAUGGAAGACCACAAGACGAGCCGCCUCGCCGCGACGGCGAGCCCCCUCGGCGAGCCUCUUCUCACGGCUACGGGGAAACGAGUUGUUGACGGCGACGCCGAGGCGCAGCUCCCUCCGUAUCGCAGCGCCGGCGCCUCCUUCUCCAGGACGUGCCUCAACCUCACCAACGCCGUCUCGGGCAUCGGGGUGCUCACCAUGCCCUACGCGGUGUCGCGGGGAGGGUGGCUCAGCCUGGCGCUCUUCGCCCUCGUCGGCGCCGUCUGCUACUACACCGGCACGCUCAUAGCGCGCUGCAUGCGCGCCGACGGCUCCGUCGCCACCUACCCGGACGUCGGCCAGCUGGCCUUCGGCGCCGCCGGCCGGAGAACCGUCGCCGUGUUCAUGUACGUGGAGCUCUACCUCGUCGCCAUCAGCUUCCUGGUCCUCGAGGGCGACAACCUCGACAAGCUCUUCCCCGGCGCCAGCGUGGAGCUGCCUGCCGGCUACCAACUGCGCGGGAAGCAGCUCUUCAUCGUCCUGGCCGGCGCCGUCGUGCUGCCCACCACCUGGCUCAAGAACCUCGGCGUGCUCGCCUACGUGUCGGCGCUCGGGCUCGUCGCGUCUGCGGCCUUGACGGCGUCGCUUGUGUGGGCCGGCGUCUCUGAGUCCGGGUUCCGCGGGAGCGGCAACGUCCUCAACCUCGCCGGUCUGCCCACCUCCCUCGGCCUCUACUUCGUCUGCUUCACCGGCCAUGCCGUCUUUCCCACGAUAUACUCGUCCAUGAAGAACAGCAAGCAAUUCUCCCAAGUGCUGCUCUUCUCCUCGGUGCUCUGCAGCCUCAACUACGGACUCACGGCGGUGCUGGGCUACCUCAUCUACGGAGACGACGUGCAGUCGCAGGUGACGCUCAACUUGCCAUCAGGGAGGGUCUACACCAAGAUCGCCAUCGUGAUGACUCUCGUCAACCCGCUGACCAAGUACGCGCUGCUCGUUGCGCCCAUCACGUCGGCGAUCGAGGAGAGGUUCUCGCUCGCGGGGAGUGGGCCGGCGAGGGUGGCCGUCAGCACCGCCGUUCUUGUCAGCACGGUCGCGGUGGCGUCCAUGGUGCCCUUCUUCGGGUUCCUCAUGUCCUUCAUCGGUUCCUUGCUCAGCGUCAUGGCCACAGUCUUCUUCCCCUGCCUCUGCUACCUCAAGAUCUACAAAGCCAAAGGCCUACGCCGUGUCGAGGUCGCUGCCAUCGUCGCCAUCCUGCUGCUCGGGGCGUUUGUUGCCGUCACUGGCACCUACUCUUCUUUGUUGGACAUCAUAGGCACUUUCUAAUUAAGAGAUAAUUCCAUUUAGCUGUGCUAGCAUAUAGUACAAACAAAAAGCCGAGUGAUCCUAAUGUACAUAAGAUAAAGUGAAGGUCAUCCCUCUUUUGAGAAUCCGUUGACUACACUGCGGAGAUGGCUCUUCGCGAGAUCAGAUGCGUGGGGGCUAAGGUUUACUUGGACAAUUAAAGAGUUCAACCCAAUCCAGAGUGUAUUGGAUUUGGUCCUUAUGUA